AUGCUGAACUCGAUAUUCUCUGGCAACACCAACAACAACGGUACCACAACACCACGUUCAAUGCGUGAGUCCCCCGACGCCGAAAUGCAACCCGCAACUCACCGUACCCCUAACACGCCCAACAACACACGCCGCCGUCGCAUCGUGGUAGCCAUGACAGGAGCCACUGGUGCCACCCUCGGCAUCAAAGUCCUCAUAGCCCUCCGCCACCUCGACGUCGAAACGCACCUGGUGAUGAGUAAAUGGGCCGAAGCAACCAUCAAAUACGAAACAGACUACCACCCCUCCAACGUCCGCGCCCUAGCCGACCACGUCCACAACAUCAACGACAUGGCAGCACCUAUCUCCAGCGGCUCGUUCAAAACCGACGGAAUGAUCGUGGUACCCUGCAGUAUGAAGACACUGGCUGCGAUUGCCUCGGGGUUUUGUGAUGACUUGAUCUCGCGGACAGCAGAUGUCAUGCUUAAAGAGCGGAGACGGCUGGUGCUCGUUACGCGCGAGACACCACUGAGCGAUAUCCAUUUGAGGAAUAUGUUGACGGCGACGCAGAGCGGGGCUGUUAUUUUCCCGCCUGUACCGGCGUUCUAUAUCCGAGCUGCUGGGGUGGAGGACUUGGUUGAUCAGAGCGUGGGAAGGAUGUUGGACUUGUUUGAUUUGGAUACGGGGCAGUUUGAGAGGUGGAAUGGGUGGGGGGAGUCAUAG